AUGGAGAAAGCUUAUUUCCUCUUCCUUGUAACCUUGGUUGCAGGCCUGGGCACAGCUUCCUCAAGUAUCACUAACGUUGUUGCCCAUAACAACAGCCGUGAUCAUGAUCUAGAUGCUCUUCUUGCCCUCAAGGCCACCAUUUCCGAUCCCCAGAACAUCCUUCCAAUCAAUUGGUCCAUUUCUACCUCUGUUUGCAACUGGAUAGGAAUCACUUGUAACACUCGCCAUCGAAGAGUCGCUGCCAUACAACUUCCUACAAUGGGCUUAGUCGGAACCAUACCUCCACAGUUGGGGAAUCUCUCAUUCUUAGUCUGGCUGAACCUUCAAAACAAUAGCUUCCAUGGAAAUCUUCCAACUCAGCUGGGUCAUUUGCGUCGACUCAAGUCCAUCAACUUGGCAUUCAAUAGCUUUGAUGGUGAAUUUCCAUCAUGGUUGGGAGCUUUAUCUCGACUUCGUUAUCUUUUGUUCCAUAGUAACAGAAUUUCAGGUUCAUUGCCACCAACGCUGUCUAAUGCAACAACGUUAGAGACCAUAAGGUUGGGUCUGAACCUCAUAACUGGAAAUUUGCCUCAAGACUGGAGUGCUUUACAAAACUUGGAGGACCUUGACAUCUUAUCCGGUUACCUUCCGGCACCUAUCUGUGAUCAUCUGCCACAACUCCAAGGGAUUUAUCUGUCGAGGAACGAGUUUAACGGCGAAGUUCUGGCUGGUCAAAUCCCGGCAGAUAUUGGCAAUACUACUAAUUUGGAGAUCCUAGGCAUAGAGGAUGCUAAUCUCAUAGGUGUUAUACCUCGUGAGAUUGGUAACCUACACAAAUUGGAGGUACUAUACUUGGGCAAAAAUAGGUUAAGAAAUCCUAUCCCACAUGAGCUAUUCAACAUUUCAACUCUUGGGGCAUUGUGCAUACCAGAUAAUGAUUUUUUGGGCAUUCUUCCUUCCACUUUAGGUGUUAAUUUACCCAAUCUUGAGGUGCUUAAUCUUGGGAGCAACAAAUUCACUGGAAUUAUACUACCAACACUCUCCAAUGCCUCCAAAUUGAUGAGUCUAGACUUGACAGUAAAUGAAUUUUUUGGUGCAAUUCCUGACUCUCUUGGCAGCCUAACAUUCCUAGAAGCCUUGGAUCUUUCGGAAAACAAUUUUACUCUAUCUAGAGAUAUGACCUUCUUCAAUUCUAUAGGAAAUUGCAGGUCUUUGAUUAGGUUGUCGCUAGACGAAAAUCCACUGAAUGGAAAUCUUCCAGUGUCUAUUGGAAAUCUUUCCAACUCUCUUGAAUCAAUUGAUGUGUCUUAUUGUGGAAUUGGAGGUGAAAUUCCAAGGUCACUAGGCAACUUGAGCGACUUGGCGUAUUUGAACAUAGCAAGCAAUGGCUUGACAGGAACAAUCCCAAGUUCCAUCUCAGGUUUACUAAAACUUCAGUGGAUAAGUCUUGAAGAUAACAAGAUACAUGGACCAAUUCCAAGUGAGUUUUGUCAUAUUCCCAACUUAGCAUACUUAAUUUUGGCAAGAAAUAGGCUAUCUGGCAAAGUGCCCAAUUGCAUAGGGAGCAUUUCUUCAUUGAGAUAUCUUUAUUUAAACUCCAACAAUCUAACAUCUAGCGUACCAUCAAGCUUGUGGAGCCUUAAGGAUCUGUUGGAGCUUGACUUGUCCAUGAAUUAUCUCAAUGGGUCUUUGUCCUCCCAAGUUGGAGGUAUGAAGGCGUUGAUCAAACUGAACCUAUCAGUUAAUCAGUUAUCUGCUGAUAUUCCUAGCACAAUUGGGGCGCUACAGAAUUUACAGGCACUUUCCUUAGGGCAUAAUAACCUACAAGGGUUAAUUCCAGAGUCCAUCAAGAAUAUGUUUGUUUUGCAGUACUUGGAUCUGUCAUUCAACAGUUUAACUGGUACGAUACCUAAAUCACUGGAGGCACUCUUGGAUCUUCAGUAUUUGAAUGUUUCCUUCAACAAUCUACAAGGACCGAUUCCUCAAGGAGGACCUUUUAAGAACUUCACACUCCUAUCCUUUCUUGCUAAUGAAGCAUUAUGUGGUACUCCUUGGUUCCAACCUUGUCAAACUUCUCAACAUGGAUCAAAGAAAAAGAUGCUCUUGCUUGUGUCCCUGCCAACAGGAUCUGCUGUCCUAGCCUUGGCCGUUUCACUUUUGUUGCUGAAAAGGUUGACAAGAAAUAAAACUACGGCUCCCGUUCAUGAUAUUUUUCCAGAAACAACACAUCAAAGGGUUCCCUACCAUGAACUUCAACGAAUAACAAAUGGUUUCAGCGAGAAUAACUUGCUUGGAUCUGGGACGUUUGGUUCAGUUUACAAAGGGGUGUCUGCAAAUGGGAUGAUUUGGGCUAUAAAGGUAUUUGAUAUGCAGCUUGAGGGCAUAUUGAAAGCUUUUGACACAGAAUGCGAAGUCUUAUGCCGCCUUCGUCAUAGAAAUUUGAUCAAAGUAAUCAGUGCUUGCUCUAAUCAGGACUUUAAAGCUUUGAUACUAGAAUUCAUGCCUAAUGGAAGUCUGGACAAAUGGCUUCAUCUUGGCCACCAUGUCCUGAGUAUCAUGCAAAGAUUGGACAUCAUGAUUGAUGUGGCUCACGGGUUGGAAUAUCUUCAUUAUGGGUAUUCAUUUCCAAUAAUUCAUUGCGAUUUGAAACCUAGCAACAUUUUACUAGAUGAAGAUAUGGUAGGUCCUGUUAGUGACUUUGGGAUUGCUAAAUUGCUGGGAGAUGAAGAAAGCCAUGUUCAAACAAACACUCUGGCCACAAUUGGGUACAUCGCUCCAGGUUAUUAUUCUUGGCUGUAA